AAACAAACAUCUCUAAACCAACAAUUAGAGAUCAGUCAUUUUCAGUUGAAGUUCAGAGAACGCAGAAACGUAAUGAGCAGAGUUUGAUUGAAGAGGAAAAGUUGGUGAGAAAAAACAGGGGGUGCUACGGAUUUUGGACAAGAGGAAAUUAAGACGCUAUGGGAAGACAGGCUGUGCUCUGCUUUUUGCUCCCGCUCAUUUUUGAGCUUUCUCAGUGCACUCGAAUCCAGACGAUCCACGGCUCGACUCUGGUGCUGCCCUGUGUGCAUCCGGAGAGCGACUCCAACGGGAUGGAAGUUUCUUGGAAAUUCCAAGGAGAGGUCAUACGCCCUGCUCUUAAGCCUGGACCGGCUUCAUUCGCCAAACAAGGCCACCUUGUUAUUUCCCCAGUAACAUAUAGCAGUGCAGGAGAAUAUGAAUGUUUUACAAAUGGGACGAACAUGGAGAUAAUAGGAAAAUAUAGCAUCACAGUGAUGGGAUAUUUUGAAUUCUCCGUGAAUGUGAUUAAAGGCUCCAACGUGCUCAUACCGUGCUAUUACCCAACUUUCGGCCAAAGGGGGGCCAAUGCACUGUGGUUUAAGGAGGACGGCUCUGGCAACAGAAUAAAGCUGGACACUGAGGAUGAGUCGGCUGAAGACAAGAGAGUAGAGCUGCUCUAUCUAGGUGAUCCUGAUCAGACCAUCAUGCUCAGAAAGGCUGUUAUGGAGGAUGCUGGCCUGUACACAUGUGAAAGUCCUGACGGGGAGAAGUUCACCACCGCUAACCUUAGUGUUCAAGCCGCUCCCACCACCCCGCCGCUCAUAUGUGAAGGCUUUGAUGAAGAAUGCCAGGAUGAGAACAGCCGCACAGCUGAAGCUCUGCUGCAAGAAUCACUGACAGAGUUUUCCAUGAAUGUGUUUUCUCACCUCAGACAACUCGAGCCGUCAAACAACCUCCUCUUUUCACCCAUCAGCAUCAGUGGGUUGCUCUCCCAUCUGUUAUUAGGUGCCAGUGAUGACACCCGCAGAGCCCUUCAGAGAGCCAUCUUUGUGCCUCAUGACUUCCACUGCAUUCACUCUCAGAUGAAGAAGCUGAGAGAAAAGACGAGCCAGUCUUUGCAAAUGGCGUCCCAGAUCUACUAUAACCCUCAAAUGAAUCUGAGCGAGUCUUUUACUGAGCGGUCCAUUCAGCACUACGAAGCCAACCCUGUAAAGCUGCUGGAAACCCCAGAGGAAAACGCACUCAUGAUAAACAGCUGGGUGGCCAACAAGACCAAAAACAGAAUCACGCAUUUGGUCAACUCGGUUCCACCCAGCACGGAGCUGAUCAUGCUCAGCGCCGUCUCAUUUGAUGGUCAGUGGAAAAACAAGUUUAAUUUGAAGCGACAAAAGGAAUUCUUCACCAAACUGGAUGGGGAUCUCGUAAAAGUCUCCGUCUUGUAUCACCCAAAAUACAAGGCAGCUGCAAGAACUAUAGCAGGGCUGAAUGCACAGGUGGUCAAGUUGCCCCUCUCUGGUGACAACAGUCUGUACAUCCUACUGCCUCGCAGCAACAAACUAGCUGCGCUGAAGCAAGUGGAGGCGAGCAUGACGGACUCAUCUGUGCGUACAAUGAUACAGCAAAUGAAGGAGGCCUCUCCAGAGCAAAUGGAGAUCACUCUGCCGCUGAUCAAGCUGGAUGUCGAGUCAAACAUCAACGUACUUAUGAAGAAAUUAGGUCUUUCAUCACUUUUCGAGGGGGCCAACUUGUGCGGCCUUUUCCCCGAAGGGAAGGUGGUUCUGGACAGCGCCAAGCACAAAGCCUUUCUGGCACUGACUGAACACGGAGUUCAGGCCGGCGCUGUCACCAGCGUGUCCUUUUCCCGUACCUUUCCUGUUUUUUCUGCCCUGAGACCUUUCAUCCUGAUGCUGUGGAACGACCUGGCGGAUGUGCCGCUUUUUAUCGGCAGAGUGACCGAGCCAUAAAACAUAGAAAGGGGGUGUUUGGUGGUGACUUAAUCCAGAAAGUAGUACCAGUUUUUACUUAAAAAAAUGGCUUUUGACAAACAUUAACGUGGAUGUUCUUUAACCAUGACAAAUAAACACAUAAAUGCAAACACUG